GACCGGGAGCUGAGCCGCUCUCUCCCUCCGGAUGUACGGUUGACGCGCGUGUGUCAGAGCGCGCGGUAUAAAUGCUCCGGUGACUGAAGAGGGGCGCGUGAAAAGGAACACUGACUGCGCACGAGAGAGACGCACAGCAGCGGCUGCAGGACAAUCCCCCACGAGCGCGUCCAGGUUCCUAUAUACGCUCGCGCUGCUCCGCUCCGUCCUGUCGCGUGCAUCCCUGAACUAUGAGCUCGCUCAGCCUUUUUGUCUGGAUUUAAUCCCGUCUAACUGGGCACUUUACCGCCGCACGCACGCACACUCCCCGUGUCUCCAAGUCUAAAAGCCCGUUCAGUGGUCAUGGGGUGUGUAAAGUCAUUUUUGUCCGGGCUGGAGAGGUGCUACUGUGCCGUACUGUAAGGCGGAUACUCGGUGUGGAUCUAUGUUCCUCAAAGACGAACGAAGAAGACCAGCACAGGGAAAUUAGUGGAAGUUUUGAGAUCAAGGAAGGAUGCGGGCUGCUGCGUGCUGCUGGUGCGCCGUUCUUCUGCUGGUGUCAGCCGUCGACCUGGUGACGGGUGCACAUGCCUCCAUCCCGGCGGUGAAGUCGGAGCUGCUGAAGUCCGGCGGCGGCGGUGGUGGCGGGGGCGGGCCCAAGGCCUCUCUGAAGCACAUGUGGGCGGGCGCUGGCGCUGGCAAGGACCUGUCAAUCAGCCGGCUGCUGGCGCAGACCCUCCAGGGCAAGCAGAACGCCACGGCGCUGGACCUGCGCUACGACACGCCGGAGCCGUACUCCGAGCAGGACCUGUGGGACUGGCUGCGCAACUCCACCGACCUGGCCGACGCCCGCGACCCCCGACCCCGCGCCAAGCGCCGGCCCAUGGUCAAGACGGGCAAGUUCAAGAAGAUGUUCGGCUGGGGCGACUUCCACUCCAACAUCAAGACGGUCAAGCUCAACCUGCUCAUCACGGGCAAGAUCGUCGACCACGGCAACGGCACCUUCAGCGUCUACUUCCGCCACAACGCCACGGGCCAGGGCAACGUGUCCGUCAGCCUGGUGCCGCCCACCAAGGUGGUGGAGUUCGACCUGUCGUCGGCGCAGCAGUCGACGGUGAUCGACGCCAAGGACUCCAAGUCCUUCAACUGCCGCAUCGAGUACGAGAAGGUGGAGAAGGGCUCCAAGAACACGCUGUGCAACUUCGACCCGUCCAAGACGUGCUACCAGGAGCAGACGCAGAGCCACGUCUCCUGGCUCUGCUCCAAGCCCUUCAAGGUCAUCUGCAUCUUCAUCAGCUUCUACAGCACCGACUACAAGCUGGUGCAGAAGGUCUGCCCGGACUACAACUACCACAGCGACACCCCCUACUUCCCCUCCGGCUGACCCC